UGGAAGAUCAGGUGAUAAUGGUCUCAGCACCAAGAAGAAUCUGCGUGAGAAUGUCCAUGUUGUUAUGAGAGGAACAUAAACAGCAUUUAAGAGAAAACAGCGUUUGUGGCUGUAAUUAUUAGAAGAGACAUGGCCUCCAAAAUGAGUCUAUCUGGAGAACAGGACACAAAGAAAGACGAGAGUCUGGUUCCGAGUGUUGCAUCCCAGAAGAGAUCAGACUCACCUGAACCCAGCUGCGUGUCAAUAAAGAGUGACCGGUCAAUGGACUUUCCCCUAGAUUUCAGAAGGGGAGACGGUUCUCCUGCUGAGAGUCACAUGCAUAGUGUUGCAUCCCAGAAGAGAUCAGACUCACCUGAACCCAGCUGCGUGUCAAUAAAGAGUGACCGGUCAAUGGACUUUCCACUGGAUUUCAGAAAGGAUGAGUGUUCUCCUGCUGAGAGUCACAUGCACACUGUUGCAUCCCAGAAGAGAUCAGACUCACCUGAACCCAGCUGUGUGCCAAUGAAGAGUGACCGGUCAAUGGACUUUCCACUGGAUUACAGAAGGGAUGAGUGUUCUCCUGUUGAGAGUCUGAUAGAGAGUGUGGCAUCACAGGAGAGAUCAAACUCACCUGAACCCAGCUGCGAGUCAAUAAAGAGCGACCGGUCAAUGGACUUUCCACUGGAUUUCAAGAAGGAUGAGUGUUCUGCUGUGCGUGUCCAAAAGGAGACAUCAAAAAUGAACUGCAUAAAUUAUUUAGAGUCCAUAUUCAAGGAGCUGGAAAACAAAAUAAUCUCACUGGUGAAGAAAGAGCUGAAAAAGUUUCAGAAGCUUCUGAGUGCAGAUUACCCAACUUGCUCUGAGAGAGAGGUGGAGGAUGAGGAAGAUCAAAGCAGUGCCAGAGAAGGUGUGCUGAAUGUUACCUUGAACAUCCUGAGGACCAUGAAGCAGAUAGACCUCGCUAACACACUACAGACCAAGUUGGUUUCUGUGUAUCAGCAAAAACUGAAAUCCAAACUGAUGGAAAAAUGUAAAAGAAUUACUGAAGGAAUUUCACAACAUGGAACACCAACCCUUCUGAAUGAGAUCUACACAGAGCUCUACAUCACAGAGGGAGGGAGCGGAGAGGUCAAUAACGAACAUGAGGUGAGACAGAUUGAGGCAGCAUCCAGAAGACUAACAUCAAAGGAGAAACCCAUCAAAUGCAAUGACCUCUUUAAAGACAAACCCAUCAGAACUGUGCUGACUAAAGGAGUCGCUGGAAUUGGAAAAACAGUCUCUGUGCAGAAGUUCAUUCUGGACUGGGCUGAAGGAAAAGCAAAUCAGGAUGUCCUCUUGAUAUUUCCACUUCCUUUUAGGGAGCUGAAUUUGAGGAAGCAGAAAAAUCUCAGUCUGAUGGAUCUCCUUCAUUACUUUUUCCCAGAAAUAAAGGAAUUAAGAUCAGUAGAGUGUGAUGCUUACAAAGUCAUGUUCAUCUUUGAUGGUCUGGAUGAGUGUCGUCUUCCUCUAGAUUUCCAGAACAAUAAGAGCUUGUGGGAUGUAACAGAGUCAGCAUCAGUUGAUGUGCUGCUGACAAACCUCAUCAAGGGGAACCUGCUUCCCUCUGCUCUCCUCUGGAUAACCUCUCGACCAGCAGCAGCCAAUCAGAUCCCUCCUGAGUGUGUUAACCUGGUAACAGAGAUACGAGGAUUCAGUGACCCUCAGAAAGAAGAGUACUUCAUGAAGAGAAUCAGUGACCAGAGCCUGGCCAAUAAAAUCAUCACACACAUGAAGUCCUCAAGAAGCCUCUACAUCAUGUGCCACAUCCCUGUCUUCUGUAGGAUUGCAGCCUCAGUUCUAGAGAGACUGUUGGGUGAAGCAGUGAGUGGAGAGAUCCCCAAGACUCUGACUCAAAUGUUCACCCACUUCCUGAUCUUUCAGAUCAAACGCAAGGACCAAAAGUACCAUGGGAAAUGUGACAUUGAUCCUCAGCAGACUAGAAAGGUGAUUCUGGCACUGGGAAAACUGGCUUUGCAACAGCUGGAAAAAGGCAAUCUGAUCUUCUAUGAGGAAGACCUGAGAGAGUGUGGUAUUGAUGUCAGAGAAGUAUCAGUGUACUCAGGAGUUUGUACCCAGAUCUUCAGAGAGGAGUUUGGGCUGCACCUGGGGAAGGUGUUCAGCUUUGUGCACCUGAGCAUUCAGGAGUUUCUGGCUGCUUUAUAUGCAUUUCUGUCCUUUGUCAAUAGAAAUGUAACAAAGCAGUCACCCACUGAGCUCUUUAAUAUUUUCAAAAGGUCAAAAAUAACAGACUUCCUCAAAAGUGCAGUGGACAAAGCCUUACAGAGUGAGAAUGGACACCUGGACCUUUUCCUCCGCUUCCUUGUAGGCCUCUCACUGGAGUCCAAUCAAACUCUCUUACGAGGCCUACUGGACCAUACAGGAAGCAGCUCUCAAAACAAAGAUGAAACAGUCAAGUAUAUCAAGGAGAAGAUCAGGGAGAAUCCCUCUUCAGAGAAAUCUAUCAAUCUGUUCCACUGUCUGAAUGAACUGAAUGAUCAUUCUCUAGUGCAGGAAGUCCAGACAUACCUGAGCAGAGGAAGUGGCCAUCGUCUCAGUGGAGGCUGGCUCUCUCCCACCCAGUGGUCAGCUCUGGUAUUUGUGUUGCUGAAUUCAGAAGAGGAGUUGGAUGAGUUUAACCUUCGUAAAUAUCAUCGAUCAGAGGAAUGUCUUUUUAGGAUGCUGCCAGUAAUCAAAGCAUCCAGAAAAGCUGUGUUGAGUGUUUGUAAUCUCACAGAGAAGAGCUGUGAAGUUCUUGCCUCAAUUCUCAGCUCAAACUCCCCAGGUCUGAGAGAACUGAACCUCAGUAAUAAUAACCUGCAGGAUUCAGGAGUGAAGCUGCUCUCUGCUGGUCUGGAGAAUACACAAUGUAAACUAGAUACAAUGUGGCUGUGUAACUGUAAUCUCGCUGAGAAAAGCUGUGCAGUUCUGGCCUCAGCUUUUAAUUCAAACUCUUCAAGUUUGAGAGAACUGAACCUGGGUAGUAAUAAACUGCAGGAUUCAGGAGUGAAGCUGCUCUCUGCUGGACUGGAAAAUCCACACUGUAAACUGGAGACACUGAGGCUUGGACACUGUAGAAUUACAGAAGAAGGGUGUGCUGCUCUGGUUUCAGCUUUAAAAUCAAACACUUCUCAUCUGAAAGAGCUGAACCUAAACUGGAAUAAACCAGGAGAGUCAGGAGUGAAGGAGCUCUCUGAUCUACUGGAGGAUCCACACUGUAAACUAGAAAUACUACAGCUUGGAUACUGCAGUAUUACAGAUGAAGGCUGUGCUGCUCUGGCUUCAGCUCUGAAAUCCAACUCCUCAUCACAACUGAGAGAGCUGAACCUGAAUCUUAAUCAACCAGGAGAAUCAGGAGUGAAGAAGCUCUCUGAUCUACUUGAAGAUCCUCACUGUAAACUUGAGAAACUAUACAUCUGAACACCAUACAGACUUGAGACUUGCACGCUGUGGAUUAAGAGGAAAAAGUGAAGACUUCACCAAAAGAAAACACACAAAUAUAUGAUUAAGAAUAUGGUACUGCAUGGAUGUGUGUGUUUGGAUCCAGCUUGGUCAAAUUUAUAAACGUAACUGCAGUACAGAAUUGCGUGUUUUCCCCAUGAAGUCAUUUCCUGCAAAGCAGUGAUCGCACCUCCAACAACUCGUUCUUGAAAAGGGACUUUUCCAUCGGGCACAGUUACUAAUUCAGAAUCCAGAACUAUUCGUACCCUGAUCAAGUGCCUGUGGUACAUCUGAAAGAAGGCAGUUGCCUGGAGCUUGUGUGGUGGUGACAUGAAUCUCACAUGACGUGUUAACAAUAAACACAAACAGCAGCGGCAAUACGGGAGGUUCAAGUUCUAAAUUACGUUUUACUGCAUUUGGAGUCACAGACAGCGAUUCUGGAUGGCCAGUGAUUUUAGAGAUGGUGGUCAUCUGACCUGAAUGACUGCGUAAUGAUUGCAUUUGACCAAUCAGUGGUCUGCACCACUCCAUCCAUAAGUCCUGGUUCAGUACACUUGCUAUGUAUGGUCACUUGGCAAUGGAAAUGAUGACAAAACAUGUGCUCAUGUAUUUGUAACCAUAUGACACUGUCCAGGGGAAAAGCACCAUAGUAAGAACUGAGCUCAGGACAAAGGCAGAAGCUGCCCAGAACUCCAGCCCAAGUUCCCAGAGUUGUCCCCCUCCCUGAAUCAGUCUUCCCUCAUACUUCUACAUGUUGAAGGCACAAACUAUCUAAAGUAUGCUUUAUCCAAAUAAAGUGUUACCAGAAUUUAUAGGAAGUAGUUAAAGUAAAUCUGCACUUUACAUUAAGUAACUUCAUGGUGUAAAGCAGCUGGAAUAGCUGAACUAAACUGACAGUUCUACCAUUCUGCACAUUCACUGCUACGAAACCAUUACUUAUAAUAUUGCACCUGAAUAUUUCAACCAGAUGAAGGUAUUUCAAGUAUUUCUAGAAGAAAUAAAAUAUAAACACAGUUUUAAACAAAUAUACUCUGUUAUACUUCUAUAAUGCAGAAAUUAUUUCCUGGUAUUAAAAUGAAAACAUAUAUGGUCUGCAUUUUGAACAUGGAUUAAGCCUAGUCUUGUACUAAAAUUGUGUGCCAAUGGUGAAACACCUUUGAAAAUGUGUUUUUAGUCUAGGCUUAAUCAGUUCUUACAUAUAAUGGCAAUUUAUUGUCCCAAAACUGCUGAUCAACAAGCAGCUGUAAACUAUAUAUUGUGACUGAAU